AAGUGCUGGGUUUACUUGGUCAACCACCAGAAUGACUUUGCUGAGUUGUUUCAUCAUUCAGCUUCUCUGGGCUUUCUGUGCUCAGGGCCAAGAAAUUACAUGUGAUCCCCCAUUAGUGACUAAUGGAACCUUCCAGCCCCAAAAGAGAGUGUUCAGAGAAGAGGAUAUAAUCAGAGUAGACUGUAAUCCUGGAUUUCACUUUGAAACGGACAACAUGGAAAAGACAGCGGAAUGUACAAAGAAUGGCUGGUUACCUAUUCCAAGAUGUAUCUUGAAACUCUGUGACUACCCACAUAUAGCAAAUGGCAGAUUAACUGGCUAUUACAAAAACCACAGCAAAAAGGACUUUCCAGUACGUUUAGGGGUGACAAUUUUCUACAGAUGUCUUGAUGGUUAUGUAUCUAAGAGUGAGAGCACCUGGAAUCUAAUCAGAUGUACUGCAGAUGGCUGGGACCCAAUGCCAAAAUGUCUUAAAAAGUGUUCUCCCAUUUGGUUGUCAAAUGGUAGAUUCCUAAUUCUAUGGCAGAAAUACUACAAAGAAGGUGAUGAAAUUUCGUAUGUGUGUGAUCAUGAAUAUGUCCCCGAAAAUCAGCAAGCAAAAGUUACAUGCACAAAGAAUAACUGGAUGCCCACUCCAAGAUGUAUCUUGAACAGGUUUCAGGGAAAGAUGGGACGGAGUCUCCUCCCAAAAGAGCCAGAAGAUGUUUUCAGUCCCGUCCCAGGAUCACUGACCAGGAUAGAUGAUCAGUCACUUCUAUCUGGAGCUGGUCCAUCUGGUUCACCACACGCAGGAUCAUUAAGGCUGUCAGAAAUAUGUGGAAGGACAGAGGUACCUCAUGGUUAUUUCUAUGAAACAAAGAACAGGUUUGAUUUAAAUGAAAAAGCAACAUAUAGGUGUCAGAUUGGUUACACGACUCCAGAAGGAAAUGAGACAGGGGAGAUACAAUGUCUUGAAGAAGGAUGGAGUCCUUUUCCAGAAUGCAUCAAGACAUGUAGAAUGCCUGCUUUUGAGCAUAUUCAUUUCAACACCAGCAAAAUGGUGUUUUUGCCUGAAGACAUACUGGAAUAUGAAUGUGCAGAUGGAUACCAAACAUUAAAUAAAAUCUCAAGGGGUCACACAAUAUGUAGCAUAAAUGGAUGGACUCCAGAGCCCCAAUGUUUUGCAAUAGAAUGUGAAAUGGUGAUGCUGGCUCAUGGAGAGACUUUUCCCAAGAAGGACAAAUAUCUUAAUGGAGACGUGAUGACAUUUUCCUGUGCAAAACGUUACACCAGAGUAGGACCGGACUCUGCUCAGUGUUAUUAUUUUGGAUGGUCCCCAGCACCUCCGACAUGUCAAGUGGAAAUCAAAGAUUGUGGGCCACCACCCAGCAUUACCAAUGGGAAUAUUAUCAGUGAACUUCAUGAGAAAUAUCAGCAUGGUGACUCAGUGGAAUAUGACUGCAACCUCAGAUUUAAAAUGAUCGGAUCAAAGAAUAUAGAAUGUGUUGAUGGAGAAUGGUCAUCUUCACCCGUUUGCAUUGAAGAGGAAAAACUGUGUGUACCACCCCCCAGUAUUGUCAGAGGGAGUGCUAUCAAUGUAAACCAGAACCAAUAUUUUCAUGGUGAUUCAGUGGAGUACGGCUGUGAAGGAAACCUUGAAAUUGUUGGGACAAAUAUCAUAAAAUGUCUUAGUGGAGAAUGGACAUCUUUACCUUCAUGUGCUGAUCCAUCUGUCAAAUGUGUACUUCCAAGGAAUCUUGAGAAUAUCAGAUUUUUAUCGGUUUACAAUUUUCAGAAGAGUUUCUAUCACAAAGAUGUUGUAAAAUACAGAUGUAAUUCAGAUGUCAAGAAACUUAAACAAACAGUCUGUGAAUAUGGGAAAUGGUCACCCAAGCCAGAAUGCAUUGAGAAUAAAAGAAAAUGCCCACCUCCCCCUCAGCUACCAGGAGCUUCCAAGAUAACAGAGAAAAGAAGCUAUGAGACUGGUGAAAAAAUAGCUUUUACGUGUCUGGAAAAUUUCAAGCUUCAUGGAGUGAAAGAAAUAAUGUGUGAAGAUGGGAAGUGGCAGUCACCACCGCACUGUAUUGAAAAAAAAUCAUGUUUGCAACCAUAUCCUGUAGAAAAUGGUGAGAUUUUAAGUCUAGAAAAUCAAAGCUUAAGAAUGGAGCAACCGGGACCAGUGACUUAUCCGAAUGGUGAAACAUUAAAGUACAUCUGUAAUGCGGGCUUCAUGUUAAGAGGCCCGUCAGAGAUAACUUGUAAUAUGGAAAAAUGGACCUCACCUCCUGCCUGUAUUGAAAUGCCAUGCAGAGAUGCACCGGAUGUCCCCCAUGCUCAGGCUGAAGGUAGCGUAAAGACUAAUUAUGAACCUGGUGAAACAGUGCGCUAUCAGUGCCACCCAGGUUUUGUUGCUGUUGGAUCACAGGAGGUAACAUGUAAAAGAGGGCAGUGGACCCAGCUACCUGAAUGUCAAGAUGUAACAUGCGGAGAUCCACCUGCAGUUGCCAAUGCUGAGAUCAUAAACCAUAGACACAGAAGAUAUUGGCCUGCUGAAAGAGUUCAGUAUCAGUGUCAUGAAGGUUUUGAAAGUCAUGGACCAAAUGAUGUCACCUGUAUAAAUAGGGAAUGGUCACAACCUCCAACUUGCGAAGAUAUGACAUGUGGACCUCCACCUGCAGUUACUAAUGGUCAGAUUCUAGAGUAUGGAAACCAAAGGUAUUUGCCUGGUGAGAGAGUGCGCUAUCGAUGUCAACAAGGGCUGAGCCUCAUUGGGUCACAGACAGUGACGUGUCAGAAGCAAAAAUGGUCAGAACCACCAGAAUGCAGAGAGGCUGGUGGAAAGUGUGGGCCUCCACCAAGAAUUGAUAAUGGAGACAUUGUUUCAUUCCCAUUAAAACAAUAUGUACUAAAUUCAACAGUGGAAUAUAAAUGCAAAAGUUUGCAUAUAUUGAAGGGACCUCAAAGUGUUAGAUGUGACUCUGGACAAUGGACAGACCCACCGGUUUGCUUAGAGCCUUGUACCGUAACCCCGGAGGAUAUGGAGAGGAACAAAAUACAGCUGAGAUGGCCUUAUGAAGAAAAAAUCUAUGUGUUAUCAGGGAUCUUUGUUCAAUUUGUGUGUAAAUGGGGAUAUAAAUUGGAUCCAACAUCUUCUGGACUUAGGGUACAAUGUUUAGAGGGGAGUCUGGAAUACCCUAAAUGUAAACACAGGAAGAAGUAAUCUUUAGUUUAACCACAAUAUUGAUAACUUGUCCACUAAGCCAAGUUUUUUAUUUAUUUAUUUUUAUUGAGGAUGUCUAAGGGUGUAUAAAAUACAAUCAAUACAUGACAUAGUGACUGAACAGAGUCAAAUAUAAUAUUCUCUGAAAUUCUAAUGUAUAAAGUGAGAUUUAUGCCUUGUUCACAAGAUAAAAACUGUUGCUUAAUAUCAAAGUGUUGAAUAUUCCAGUAGAAGUAUGCAAGUUAUUAUUAAGAAAUUAAAAACAUGAGAUCAGAUCCCCAGCUGGGAUAAAUCAGUGUAACUCUGCUAAUUUGGAGAGGUUAUUCUGAUAAUGGUGUUUUAAAUGGAGAAGGAACAGGGAAUCUUGGAUCCUUAAAACAUAUUUUUGGAUUAAAGUGUCCUCUAAUGACAUUAAGAGAUUUUCCUUGGCACCCAACCCUGUGCCAAGAAUUAUUCACAUGAGAGUCUCCCUCCUCAUGCUUCAUGGCACUUUGACUCAAGCCCCAAGAGCAUUUGUUUGUAAAGUUUGUACGUAACAGGCAGGACUGUAGAGAAUUCUACAAUAAGGAAAUUAACAGUUUGUGGUAGAUGAUACUACAGCUGGUUGAACAUCAGAAUGUCCCUUCUGUGGGACAUUCUAGAAUUUUGAUUUUAAAAAAAUCAUUCUGUUUCAGAACAAAAAGUGAAAAUUUCCCACGGAAGGAACGUUCCAAAAAAUUCAGCUGAGAAAUAAUUGAAGCAUUUAUUUUGAAAAUUUCAAAAUGAAAUUCCAUGGCAGAGAGCCCAAGUCUGAGGUUCCUGGUUCAGCCAUGUCUCUUCGGGCUUCCGGAUGCCCUGCCACAGAGCUGCCACUGAGCUAGUUCAGUCACUGAGAAAACCUGGGACUUCCUGCCAUGGAGCCAGGAGUUUGGAAGCUCUCAGGGCUACUAUUAGCUUCAAAAAUAUAUCUUUACAAGUAACUUCUUUACUUUCCAUUUUUUUUCUAGCUGAUUGGUUCCUUCAGAUGAAUGAAAAUAAGCAUCUAACAGUAUCUUUAACCAACAUCUUAUGUUCAAUAUCCAUUAACCAGUUAUUUGUAAUAUUCACAGAUUGUUUCCUGGUUGUUGGUUUUUUUUGGCAUAUUUGCAUGGAUUACAGUUUACAUGUAUGGGUUAUACACGUUUAUUUAUGUCUUUGAUCAAAGAUACAUUUCUACAACUAAUUUCAAGUAAAGCAGGAUGGGCAACUGGGUUUGGAUAAAAUAAGAUCUGAGCCAAAUCUUCACCCCAAACUCAAGCCAACGCCAAACCUUUUUUUGAUGCUUAAAACGUAAUCACAUAUGCUUCUGCACUUCCUAUUUUUGCUAAUAUGCUGAUAGAAGUAGUAUUUCCCACCUGGCCAAUAGGAGGAUGUAUGGGAAAUCUCCCUAGCAACCUUGAUCUUGUACCAGAAUGUUGGUUUUGUUCAGGAAAACAUUCAGACCUUUUUACUUUUGGGGGGAAAAACUGACUUUUGGGAAAAGAAAAUAAUUUAGUAGAUGCAACCACAAUCUAUUUAACAGAAUUAUAUAGAAAUGAUUGUUCCUUUUGGUUAAAGAUUAAACAUGCAUAAUCUUAAUUUUCUUUUUUUAAAUGAAAACAGCGUACAAAACAUUUAGCAAUUAAGAUAACCUGAACAUUCCUGUCUUGUAUAUUUUGUGGCUUAUUAACAGUCCCAUCCUGAAAUAAAUUGACUGGAAACUUUAGGGUAUGAUGAAAAAUGCAAAGAAAGAUGAACCAAGGUCUGCAGAAAACUUGAGCAGUAGUGAGCUACGUGUG